GUAAGCUAGAUAACUUAGCAAACAGGCAAACACGCGUCGGUCGCGUGCCACGCUCGACGUCACACAGCGACCGGCGACCGCUAGUCCGCUGGAGACCGGACAGACCGUGACGGAGCUACUGAUCGUUAAUCGUUCUGUGGAGAAUUGAAUAAUAAAAAUGUCAGGAGAGAAACUGGAAUUACGUACGGUCACUUACAUGUGUCCGACUCAUCCGGUACAAUUAUACGAGUUGAUACUUGAGCUGCUAGAAGAUGCAAUGGACUGCUAUACGACAUUGCAGUACGAGAGCAGGAGUCCAGGCCCACUACGAGAUCGUCCUGAUCCGUUCAGCUCAGAUAAAAUUGAUUUAGCAUUUAUGACAGCGGCCUCGUAUAUGAGUCUCUGUAAUGAAGGAAACAAACAUGUUGAACUGUUGCCGGCAACUCCGGUGUUCGCGCAUCAAAUGAACGUCGAAAACAAACCGGGAUAUUUCUCGGAUAUUAUAAUACACAGCGACAAAAAAGCACAUAAUGUUAACACUCUGCUAGACCUGCGCGGCUGCACCUUUGCAUACAGCGACGAAGAUUCUUUAAGUGGAAGCAAAAUUGUUUUGAAAACAUUGAAGGAGAAAGGAGAAAAUGCAUCGUUUUUUGGAUCCUUAUUAAAGUCUGGUUCGCAUUUGGCUUCGGCUCAAAUGGUCCUUUCGAAACAAGCUGAAUGGGCCGCAGUUGAUUCUACAACUCUUCUAUAUUCAAAGAAGUAUAUGCAGGACGGCGGGAAGGAAAUAAUAACGCUCGAAACUUUAGGCCGUCUGCCGCCGUACCCUAUCGUGGUUAAUACAAAACUUCCAGAUGAAGUAAAGAAGGAGAUCGCGCGUAUUUUAUUGGCAUUGCCACAAACGCCGAAAUGGAAACAGAAGUUCGCAGUGUUCGGUAUGAUCAAGUUUGAAGUGAACAGCGCGGGCGCGUACGAUGGGCCGGCUGCACAGAUGUGGGCCAGCCAGAAAGAGAAACUUAACAUUAGGUAUUAUUAGAUUACUUCUUGUUAUAUCCUUGUUGUAUAUUAUUUACAUUUUAUAUAAUGAUUAUACUCCUAAAUAAGUUGAAUGCUAUUAUGUACAUGUUAUUUGUAUUUUUAAGUGUAUGUCUUAUAAAGUACUAAAUAAAAUUUUUCAAAAACUA